UUCUCAUGAAACGAGUCGCCAGAACAACACAUGCAGUGAGUACAGACAGCAGAGAGUCUGCAUGUGUCUUCAGCAAGAAAUAUCACAGGAGUCACUGCACAACUACAGAAUCUGAUCGCCGAGACCUCAUAGAAAAUCUUACAGCUAUUGUAAGUGAAGUACGCAAUACAGAGCAAAGGAUCAACUGUUGUAGACGACUGCAAAGAGAGAAAGCAGAAUCGUGUCAAGAUGUUGACUGAUGAGGUCGCACAGGUGCAGGAGGUGAGAUACUGUCUGAAGACUCUGAGAGAGCAAAUGGCAGCCAGACAAAACAAUAACAACAAUAAUAAGAUUCCAUCCAAUGGCUUUAAAGUUGACGUUCUUGUCAGCAAAGCCAAUGGCUCCAAUGGAUUGGUGAAUGGCUCUUUCACUAAAUGUCCGGGCCAGGAGGAUGAUGAAAGCUCUUUAGCCUUGAGAGAAGUCACUAAACAUCUUUACACUCGUCUGCAAGAGAUGGAAAGGAGACACCAGGAGGAGAAAGACAGACUACAGGCGGAAAACAUUGAAUUUCAGCGGCGGUUUCUAGAGGAGCAUAACUCCCGCAUACAGAAGGCAGAAACCAAGGAGGAGGAACAGGGCAAAAAGGUGGAAGAGAUGCAGAAGCUUAUGCGUAGUUUGGAGCUGGAAAAUACCACGCUACGAGAAAAAUUGGCCACUAGCGAGGCUGAACUUGAGAAACUGCGAGGACUGAAGAAAACGGAUAGUGAGGACAGGUCUGAACAACUGAAAAAGGAGCUGGCAACUCUGAAGGAUAAGAACCACAACUUAGAUGACAUGCUCAAAAGUCAACAAAGGAAAGUCAGGAACAUGAUCGAACAGGUGCAAAAUUCACGAACCAUAAUGGAGCAAAGAGACCGGCUGAUCGGAGACCUCAAAGAGAGGGUGGCUUUCCUCGAAGCUGAGAACAGAGAGAUCCAUGACCGGAUGGAGUUUUAUUUGGGCAACCAAGUGUCUAAACCAUAUAACUCAGACAUGGGGUCCAAGGUUGUCUACAGCAAACCUCUGACGCCAACAAGCCCUGGAAACAAGUCUAUGCCAUUCAUUAAAGUGGUCGAGAUCAAGUCCUGAACAACAGAUGAAGACAGCUGAUGAAGAGAGAGAGAGUGGUUGAGUGAGAGACACAUUGUAAAAGAAGUAACCAGUAUUCCUUCUCUCUCAACGUUUAUGCAGCAUCCCUCUGUUUAUCACGAGUAGCACUUGAGGUGCUUUGUAUAAUAUAAAUACAUAAAUAUAAAUAUAAUUGAUUUGCAGAUCAUAUACUGCGUUUUUAUACCUUAAGCAACUUAUUAAUAGUAGUAGAUGUAAGUGGUGAUAUUCAUAUUUCCUACAGAUCUGUCAAUAUAUCUGUUUCAUGUAUAGAAUCUAAUAAUGCAGCCAUUGUAUAAAUAUUGUGACUGACAGCCACUUUUAGUAAUCUGAUAAAGCCAAUUAAUGUAUAUUCUAUAUAUCUUAAAAUCCAUAACAAACAAUAUUACUGUGCUUCUUAUGUAUCUGUGUAUGUACAUAUACUCUGAUAUACAGUUCUGAAUUUACUGUACCUUGCAAAGCUGUCUUUCCCCUUUGGGAACUGUAAUUGUAUUGUGUUUUGAAGAACUUUUUUUUCUGUUACUGUAUAUUCAGUGCUUAACUCUACCUUUCCAUCCAUCUCUUAUUAAAUGUGAAAAAUGUGUUACUGUAGAUGGAAUUGUAGUGCUAUGCACAUUUCUCUGGUAUUGUGUUUUACCUGGUAUGUGUAUUUAUCGUAAGGGCUAAACAAUAAAAAGUAUUUAAGAUUGCUCACA